AUCUCUAUUAGAGAUAGUGUGAUCCCAAAAAAAGAAGCAUAAUGUGCUCCAUUUCCUACAGCGUGAUUAAUGGACAAACCCUCACUCAGUCAUCUCCAUGUGUUGCAUCCUUUUUCAUUUUUCUUCAAUGCUAAAAGAUGUGUGAACUUCUCUUUAUCAUUUUCUUCUUCUUUUUUUUUACUUUGGUCCACUUUAGCCCAUCCGUUCACCCACCUUACUAAGCAAGCCCCGAAACUUUUGAAAAAGUCAAAAACAACCCCAAACCGUCUCACUCCUUUCCUUUAUAUAUACUCCAAACGACUUUACCUUCCAAAACCACACACUCUCACCAAACGUUCUACAGAUUCGUAAAUCUCAUAAACAUUAUGGAUUGGUUCUCAUGGCUCUCGAGAACAAAUCUCGAAGCUUCUCUCAUCUACGAGUACGGUCUCUCUUUCUCAAACAACGAGCUCGAGUACGAAGACAUUGCUUACUUCAACCACGAAUUUCUCCAGAGCAUGGGUAUCUCAAUCGCUAAGCACCGCCUCGAGAUCCUGAAGCUUGCUCGGCGUGAUCGGAAACCUUCACCGCUCACCGCUCGUUCGAUUUUCAGAGUCUUGAUCGCCAUCAAGAAGACCGGGAAAUGCUUCUCCGAGCAUGUUAGGGCCUGGAUCCGACGAGAGGAAUCGUCCCGGGCUCUGGUCGUUGUGUCGAGAAGCACGAGUAGCAGCGGGAACGGGAGAUGGAAAAGUGCGAGGAAGAAGAGAUUGGUGAUGCCGAGUAACGGAAAUGGCGUCAAGGAAGAGAGACUCCUGUUGACGAAUGGAACUCCUUGUAGGCUCGAUAGCUUCUCCAAUCCAAAGGUUUCUUCAGGUUAUGAAGAUGAUGAUAAUCAUUGGGGAAACAAAGAUGUAGAAGAGAAGAUUAAGUGGGAUUCCAUGUUUCAGAACCUUAAACCUACUUGAAAUCAUUAACUAGCUAGAUGCCGAGGGGAUUUGGGAUCUUCCACCACAGAUUUGAGUUUUGGCUAAUAUUUUUCGAGUGUGUGAUUAGGCUAAUUAGUUUUGUUAAUUGACAUUUUUGAGAUUCUGAAUGAUUCUCUGUCUCCAUUUAUCUGCCUUUUUAUUUAUUGGCUGUGGACCACUUUUUAGAUGAAUAUUAUUAAUUAUAUUCUUAAAGUUUUU